GUGUUUGGUUAUUUCUCAAUAUUCAUCAGAUUUUCAAUAAAAAUCCGUAAAAUCUACGGAAAUCCGACAAAUUAUAAAUAAAAUAUAUCUCUAAUCAAUAAUACGUGAAAAAUGGCCAAGUCCAAGAAUCAUACCAAUCACAAUCAAAUUCAUAAAAAAAGGGAAAGCGUAUUCUAAUGAGAGCAGAAGUGGAAUUCAACAUGGCAGCCGUGAGGAGUGAUGAUUAUUGUCAAGGAAUAAAAAAUAUAAACAAUUUAACAACACCUGAGCAUAUAUUAAUUUUUAGUGGCAAGAGAAAAUCAGGAAAAGAUUAUAUUACGGAUAAAUUAUUUGAAAGACUUGGAGGUGAAAAAAGUGUUAUUUUGAAAUUAUCAGGUCCAAUAAAAUCUCAUUGGGCAAAUUCUUUAAACCUCGACUUAAGUCAGUUACUUGGAGAUGGACCUUUCAAAGAAAAAUACAGACUUGAAAUGGUUAAGUGGGGAGAAGAUACUAGAAAUAAAGAUUAUGGAUAUUUUUGUCGAGCUGCUAUUGAAAUGUAUGAUGUUAAAAAGAAACCUAUUUGGAUAUUAAGCGAUGCGAGAAGAAAAACGGAUAUUAAAUGGUUUUUAGAAAAUUAUGGGAAAAUUUGUAAAUCCAUUCGAAUUAGCAGUAGUGAAGCUGUUCGUAUUAAACGAGGCUGGACAUUUACACCGGGUAUCGAUGAUCAAGAGACAGAAUGCGAUUUGGAUGAUGUAAAUAAUUGGGAUCUUCAUUUACCUAAUGAAACAGAGGAUAUAGAAAAUAUAUUGCAACAAAUUUUGCAACUUUUAGAAUAAAUUUAUAGUUAUUGAAUUAUUUUUAGUACCUACAAAAUGUAAUUGUCAUAUAAAAUUCUUAUUUUAAUUUAAAAAGAAUAUAAAUUUUUUUAAAUUUUAAAUAAUUUUUUAAAAAAAUUGUAAUAUAUAUAAAUAAAAUAUAUUUGAAAUAA